GGUUACUUUACCAUCAUAAUCUCCCAAGUAAAUUCUGCAUCAUAUUGUGUCUGGUUGUGGAGCGAACUGGUCGGUGAUAUUGAUAAUUCAAAUAGUGAUAAAACCAAGUGCGAUAUUUUUUUAAUGUUAAGAUGCUUCAUCGCGAUGCAAUCGGCUUCGUUUUAGUAAGCCUCGCCGUAUUGGCGACCGCAAAUGCUGCCCGAAACGACGAUUUCGCAGACCUGCGAGGUCCUUACUGCGAAAACGUGGGAUGUUGCACCGACAGAGUCGAUUCCUGUUCAGUUCCUAUACUAGGAACUCUGUGCUAUUGCGACGAAUUCUGCAACGUAACUAGAGUCGACGAUUGCUGCCCGGAUUAUUGGUCUCAUUGCAGAGGUGUCACUUACCCGCCGCCGCCGCCGCCCACCGAGGCACCCGAGCCCGCCAUCGGGUGCCGAUACGGCAACAGAGCCCUUCGGUGGAAGCAAGAAGUCAGAGAUAAUUGCAACAAAUGUGUUUGCGAGCAAAUGCCCAACAAAGAAUUGGAAUUACUCUGCGAAACGAACGUCUGUCUCGUCGACCAGAGCAUCAUCGAAGGAGUUAAUAGGGACACUGACCGAGUGGGUUGGACAGCUACCAAUUACUCGCAAUUUUGGGGCAGAACUUUGGACGAUGGUGUUAAAUUGCGAUUGGGAACGUUGCCGCCUCAACGGUUCGUCAUGAACAUGAACCCGGUGAAGAGGAUUUACGACCCCUACGCUCUGCCAGCUCAUUUCGAUUCUCGCAUUCGUUGGGGCGAAUACAUAACUGGUAUACAAGACCAAGGUUGGUGCGGAUCCUCUUGGGCUAUAUCUACAGCUGCUGUUGCUUCAGAUAGGUAUGGAAUAGUAUCUAAUGGUAGAGAAGCAGUACAACUCAGCGCCCAACACUUGGUGUCCUGCGACACUCAAGGACAACAAAGCUGCAGCGGCGGUCACUUGGACAGAGCUUGGUCGUUUACGAAAUUUUACGGUUUAGUGGACGAGGAAUGUUUCCCUUACGUGGCGAGCAACACAGCUUGCCCGUUUAAGAAGCGAGGUUCGCUGCAACAAGCCGGUUGCAGGCCGAAAUUUAGCGACAGAGUAGCGAGGUACACCGUAGGCCCGGCUUAUAGAUUAGGAAACGAAACCGAUAUCAUGUACGAAAUAACCAGAUCAGGACCGGUACAAGCUACCAUGAAAGUUUACCACGACUUCUUCACCUACAACGGCGGUAUCUACAAGCACUCGACGAUGGGCAUUAACCACAAGCAGGGCUACCAUUCCGUAAGGAUAAUCGGAUGGGGCGAGGACCGGACUAACAGAGGCAUGGUGAAAUAUUGGCUGGUAGCGAACAGUUGGGGGUCGAAUUGGGGCGAAGACGGCUACUUCAGAAUAGAAAGGGGCACCAACGAGUGCGAAAUCGAGACCUUCGUCAUCGCCUCGUGGCCGCACGUGCACAGGAAAUUGCUGGCGGCUAGGAAUCACUAAAAUGCCGCUUCUAAAUCAAUUGGUUGAUUUGUAAUUGUAAGUUUAGCUAUACGAUAAACGAUUAUGAAAUUAAUUGUCGAGAAUUGUAACGGUAGGAGAUUAGUAAUUUCGCUUUUUUAUACAAACAAUUUUUACUAAUAAAAAUUAAUUUGA